UUCACGCCGGACUCCGCUCCAGCAGCCGCUCCGUGUUUUGCGCGGCGCCGUCUUCUGUGCCCCAGCUGACUAGCAGUACUUGUUUACUGGUGGAGGUACACAGGGAGAGACGAGAGGGGGAAAACCAUACCGCCGACAACACCAGAGAAGUUUUUCCCACUUUCAGCCCAUUCCCACGCCAAUGAGUGCAUCGAAACCGCGCACCGGGGUCUUGUGGACGCAACUGAGCGGUUUUAUGGGCAGGCCGGACACGCGUUGGACGCGGCUCUUUUGAUUAACGUGGAAGAUUAGAACGCAACGCGGCCGUGACGCGCGUACGCUCACACACUUCUGGAGCAUUGUGCUGGAAGCUAAGGCUUUUAGGGGAAUAUCCAGAUUUUUUCAUUGGGCUCUGAACGCUUUGAAUUUACACAGACGUGUGUGGACGUUUAAUAUCAGGGGACGCUGGCUUUUUUUGUCAGUAGAGGAGCAAAAAAAAAAAUCUGUUUUUGUGUGCGUUGUGUGUGCAUGUGCAUAUGGAGAUGAGGAGAUGCCCUUUUUUCUAGAAACAUUUGGCAGUGCAUGACACGACCUGUGGAAUAACGCCUGCUUUUUUGCUUCUUUCCUAAAAGAGGUUAAAAUUCAGGAUUUUUUUGUCAUUGGGAAGCUUUUCUGUGAACAUUUGGAAUAUUUUUGUUUUUAAAGCAACCUUGGGUAUCUUAUUAUUUCUGUAAUUAUUAUUAAUAUUAAUAUUACAUACAUUUUCAAGCUAAAACAGGGGUAUGAAAAAGUUGCAAUGCACUGUACCCUUAAGGGUACCUCAUUCCUAGAAGUGUGGGAUUGACUCCAUGGAAGAAAUGCAUGGACGUGUUUCAUGCUUGAGCUACUGAGAGCAAAGAUGAACCCGAGAAGUAGUUCAAAAUGAUUUGUAUCCAUGUAUUUUCCAUUAGGGUGCAAGAUCGUGUUAUUUAAUGCUCACGCUGUGUAGGCGACAUCUACUUAAAUUGAACAUUAUCUUCAACUGAAGCACGCUGGACCCCUGGGUCCCCUUCUUGGGGGGUCUCAUUUAAGUUGUCCCUGACUUUUUUUUUUUUUGGACCUGGAUAUAAGCUAAUUAAAGGUUUAUUUUUAUUUUAUUGCUCCACAACCGUUUUUUUUUUUUUUUUUUUUGGACACACCAGAGGUGGAUUUAAUUUUCCAGGAAAACUAAAACGUGUCGCGGAGCAGAAUGCGGCUGGACACAUCUGUGGUUGUUUUGGUCACUUUCGCCUACAUCGUGUGCCUCUGCGGAUCUCUACAUGGAGAAAUUUGCCCCAGCACGGAUAUCCGCAACAAUGCGACCCACCUGCGCCUUCUGGAGAACUGCACGGUGAUCGAGGGCCACCUGAAGAUCCUGCUCAUGUUCAAGCCCAGACUGGAGGACUUCCGGGGGAUAAGCUUCCCGAAGCUGGUCGUGAUCACGGAUUACCUGCUCCUCUUCCGUGUCUAUGGCGUGGAGAGUCUGGGUGACCUCUUCCCGAACCUCACCGUCAUCCGCGGCAACAAUCUCUUCUUCAACUACGCCCUGGUCCUGUUCGAAAUGAUCCAGCUGAAAGAAAUCGGCCUCCACAGCCUGACUAACAUCACUCGAGGAGCGGUGCGCAUCGAGAAGAACCCCAACCUCUGCUAUUUGUCCACCCUCGACUGGUCCAAGAUCUCCGACUCGGUGGAGGACAACUUCAUUGUGGCUAACAAAGAUGAGCGGGAGUGCGGAGACAUUUGCCCGGGUACCAUCACGGGGACGAUAACCUGCAAACAGACCACCAUCAACGGGAAUUUCGGCGAGCGUUGCUGGAAUCAGAACCAUUGCCAAAGAAUUUGCCCUUCCGAAUGCGUCCACGGUGCUUGUACCCCCCAUAAAGAGUGCUGUCACGACCAGUGUCUGGGCGGCUGCUCUGUGCCAGGGAACUCGACCAAAUGCGUGGCUUGUCGCAACUUCCUGUUCGGUGACACCUGUGUGGAGCGCUGCCCGCCGGGCUACUACACCUUCAAGGGAUGGCGCUGCGUGUCCUUUAAAUUCUGCCAGGACCUCCACAACCAGUGCAAGGGCAAGAGCGGUGACUGCCACGAAUACGUCAUCCACAAUGGAGCCUGUAUCCCAGAAUGCCCAUCUGGAUACACCACCAUGAACUCCACCUCGUUGAACUGCACACCGUGCACCGGUCGGUGUCCCAAACUGUGUACGGGGGUGAAGACGGUGGACUCGGUCACCGCCGCUCAAGCUCUGCGCGGCUGUACGGUGCUCAACGGCAGUCUGACCAUCAAGAUCAGCAAAGGAAACAAUAUCGCCGCCGAGCUGGAGUCUAGUCUGGGUCAGCUGGAGGAGAUCACGGGCUAUCUGAGCAUCCGCAGAGCCUACGCUCUCGUCUCGCUCUCCUUCCUCCGCAAGCUGCGCGUCAUUCGCGGAGAAACGCUGGAGAACGAGAACUUUUCUUUCAACGCCUUUGACAACCAGAACCUGCGACAGCUGUGGGACUGGAACAAACACAGCCUCACCAUCCUCAAUGGCAGGAUGUACUUCGGCUACAACUCCAAGCUCUGUAAGUCUGAGAUUCUCCGGAUGGAAGAAGUGACCGGGACCAAGAACAGGAAGAACGACAUCAACAUCCCGGCGUAUGCGGACCUGGCCUUCUGUGAAAAUCAAGUUCUUAAUUUUACGCUUAUCCGUACGAUGUCCGACAAAAUCCUCAUUCAGUGGCAAGCGUUCUGGCCCUCGGACUUCAGAGACCUGCUGGGAUUCAUGGUCUUCUACAAGGAAGCUCCUUAUAAGAACGUGACUGAAUACGACGGGCAGGAUGCCUGUGGCUCUAACAGCUGGGCGAUCGCAGACGUGGAGCCUCCUGAACGCAGCUCCGAGGGCAAAGCCCAGAGCGAGCCGGGUCUCCUCAUCAAUGCUCUGAAGCCCUGGACCCAGUACGCCAUCAUGGUCAAAACCCAACUCGCCGCCUCUGACGACCACCUUGUCCGCGGGGCCAAAAGCGAGAUCAUCUACGUCCGCACCAACGCCACGCGACCCUCGGUACCACUGGACCCCAUUUCCUGGUCCAACUCCUCCUCCGAGAUCAUUCUCAAGUGGAAACCGCCCUCCGACCCCAACGGCAACAUCACCCACUACAUCGUCUACUGCCAGAAGCAGGAUGAGGACAUCACACACUACAAGUUCGACUACUGCCAGCAAGGGAUGAAAGUGCCGUCCCAUACGCCGACGCACCACGACAUCGAAGAAGACCAGAAGUGGAACCAAACAGAGGUGACCGACCAGAAGGGCCACUGCUGCGCCUGUCCCAUAACAGAGACGCAGCUGAAGAAGGAGGCCGAAGAGAGCGAGUUCCGCAAGACCUUUGAAAACUACCUCCAUAAUGAAGUGUUUGAGCCCAGACCCCACCGACGGCGGCGCUCAGUUGGCGUGGCCAAUGCUACUUUGCCUAAUUUUGCAAGCACAUCAUCCAGCCUGCCCAACUUUUCCACCACGUCCAGCCCAGAGAAGGAAAAGAGUCAGAAGAUGGUAUUCAAAGCCAACUCCAAAGAGUUCAUGGUCAUCUCCAACCUGGUCCACUUCACCAGCUACCAGAUCGAGAUCCAGGCCUGCAACCAUCCCAUGGAUCCGAACCGCUGCAGCAUGCCGACAUACGUCAACGCCCGCACCCUGCCUGAACUAAAAGCUGACAAUAUCGUUGGGAAAGUGACUCACGAAUUUUUUCCCGAUGAACCGGACUUUGUCUACAUCAGAUGGCAGGAGCCGAAAGCACCCAAUGGCAUGAUCAUACUGUAUGAAGUCAAAUACAUGAGGAUGUCAGAUAACUCUGAGGAUCAAAUCUGUGUGUCCAGAAUCACUUAUGAAAAAAUGAAUGGCUAUCGAUUACGAGUAGGGCAUCCUGGGAAUUACAGUGUGAGAAUACGUGCCACUUCACUGGCCAGCAAUGGCUCUUGGACGGAGCCUGCAUACUUCUUUGUUCAAGACAGGGAUGUGAACAUGAAAGUCAUUAUCGGCCCGCUUAUCUGCUUCAUUGUACUGCUGUUUCUGGCCAGUUCCGUCUUCAUUGUCCUUAGGAAGAAACAAACUGAAGGACCGACUGGUCCACUGAUUGCUUCCUCGAACCCAGAAUAUUUAAGUGCAAAUGAUGUGUACAUCCCAGAUGAAUGGGAGGUGCCACGGGAGAAGAUCAACGUUAUGAGAGAGCUUGGUCAGGGAUCGUUUGGAAUGGUGUACGAAGGCAUUGCUAAAGACAUUGUGAAGGGCGAACCGGAUACGCGAGUGGCCGUUAAAACGGUCAACGAGUCGGCGAGCCUGCGCGAGAGGAUUGAGUUCCUCAACGAGGCUUCAGUCAUGAAAGCCUUUAACUGCCAUCACGUGGUCCGCUUGCUCGGUGUGGUAUCUAAGGGGCAACCGUCAUUGGUCGUCAUGGAACUGAUGACGCACGGAGAUCUGAAAAGCUACCUGCGUAGCCUGAGACCUGAUUCAGAGAAUAACCCAGGUCGCCCACCGCCAACCUUGAAGGAGAUGAUCCAAAUGGCAGCUGAGAUAGCAGAUGGCAUGGCGUACCUCAACGCUAAGAAGUUCGUCCACAGAGACCUCGCUGCCAGAAACUGCAUGGUGGCUGAAGAUUUCACUGUGAAAAUUGGAGACUUUGGUAUGACGCGAGACAUCUACGAGACUGAUUACUAUCGCAAGGGUGGAAAGGGCUUAUUGCCUGUCAGAUGGAUGGCGCCAGAGUCCCUAAAAGAUGGCGUUUUCACCGCUCACUCAGACUGCUGGUCUUUCGGAGUGGUAUUAUGGGAGAUCAGCACACUUGCCGAGCAGCCUUACCAGGGACUGUCCAACGAGCAAGUGCUCAAGUUUGUCAUGGACGGAGGCUACCUGGACAGACCGGAGAACUGUCAAGAGAGAAUGCACAACCUCAUGCAGAUGUGUUGGCAGUACAACCCAAAGAUGCGGCCCACCUUCCUCGAGAUCAUUGAGAUGAUCAAGGAGGACCUGCAUCCUUCUUUCCAAGAGGUCUCCUUUUUCUACAGCGAGGAGAACAAGCCUCCUGAGACCGAGGAGUUCGACAUGGACUUCGAGAACAUGGAGAGCAUACCACUGGACCCCUCAUCCUAUUCCCAACGCGAGGAGAGCCUCAGUAGAGACAACGGCCCCUCGGUGGGCCUACGGGGCAAUUAUGAGGAGCAUGUGCCCUAUACGCAUAUGAACGGUGGAAAGAAAAAUGGCCGAAUUCUGUCUUUACCCAGAUCUAAUCCGUCCUAACAUUUGCUUCGGCUUUUUCUUUUUUUUUUUCAAGAAAAGUUUUUAAAUGCGUUAUUUUUGCAGAGGCCCUUAAAGAUACAGAUCUCAGGUCUUUUGUUGUUGUUGUUGUUGUUUCCGUCUCACGGCUACACUAGUAUGGUUACAACGAAAACGGACGUUAUUUCGCCCAUCAUCCGACACACCAUUCGCUUUCUGACACUUUUACACUUUUGCCAAGUUUCCAAAACAGUUUGGUUGGGCGGUGGGGAAAAGCAAACUGUGAACAUGACUAAAUCAACCAGAAAAGCUGCUUCGGCUACAUCACCUCAAGUCCACUUCCUUCUCC